AUGAAGCUAGCGUACGUGUUUGCAACAGUUUUCUCCGUUACGCUGGGUGCCGCAGCUAGUCGCGUAUUUAAUGCAGACAAUUGUGGGCCCAAUUCUUACGGUGACAUCGUCCGAAGGCCUUCGAUUGGGCGGCUACGCGAAUUCCCUUGGUUGGUACGGUUGGGCUAUCGCAGAGAUGAUGUAACUGAAUUCCAUUUCCAAGGGACGCUAAUUCAUCCCUAUUAUGUGGUGACCACCGUGUUUGCAGCGAACUAUAAUCGGCAUUCUCUGGAGCUGGUACGUCUCGGAGAGUAUCACACGGGUACGGAUGAGGACUGCCAGGAGAUUGACGACGACGACGUUUGUGCUCCGACGGUACAAGACAUCGCUAUUGAACAAAUUAUCAAACAUCCGAAUAACAAUGAUCCUGGACUGGCCAACGACAUAGCACUGAUUAAAUUGCGAAAACCAGCCAAUGUGAGCUCGGAAUUCGUACGACCCAUUUGCGUUCCCGUCGAAAAGGAUUUCCCACUUUCAGAAAAUGCUCUGCUCUAUAUCAGCGCAUGGUGUGGUAGUAAAGCAGUCGGAAUAUCGGCUGUACCUUUGCAGUAUCGGAUGCAAAUGUUGGACUCAUCGAAUUGUGCAUCAAAACUUUCACCUCUGUUGAACAUCAAACUUCAUGAAUCUCAGUUUUGUGCCGUCCUGGAUUUGGACCAGAAGACCAAGGACAAACACAAACAGAUAAGCCUGCGGGGAAGUACGGGAGCACCACUGCAAAUGCUAGGCAAAGAUGGACGCUUCUAUCAGAUAGGAAUGUCAUCGAUUGGUGUGAGAAACGCUGCCCUGGACACACCGUAUGUGUUCGUGAAUUUUCUGCAUUUGGCCGACUGGCUCGAGCAAACGGUAUCGGCCGAAGAGCAAAAUCGGCUCAACAUAAGAGUUUAGCUUGAACGAAAUGCCCGUUGAAGAUCGAUGUGGACUGGACGGGGACAUGGAGCAGGUGAUAAUGAAGGAAGGACAAACGUCAUCGAACGCACGGACAGACAACCGAGUAGCAGAAAACAAAUCAUCGAAACAGGUUUCGUGGAAAUAACUUGAUACCUGAACUGGCAAAUAAUGACGUCAAAAUAUAUUUGUGGAUGAAGCGAAAUAUAAUGGAAAUAAUUGGAUCGAUCUAGGGGUGUAUCGCCGAUGACACGAUUGUGACUUGGGUCUGCCUUAAUGAAGUACGAACGUUAUUGAAACGGGCUUUAAGAAUAGUUGUGCUUACGUGAUGCCAUGCAAUUGAGAACAUGCUUUCG